AUGGACUUCAACAGCGCCUCGCCCUACCCCGAGGGCGUCAUCUCGUUUCUUGACACGGAUCUGUACAAGUUGACAAUGCAAUGCGCCGUGCUCAAGUAUUACAAAGACGUGCCCGUCACAUACUCGUUUACCAACCGGACGCCGGAGAAAAAGCUCUCGAGGGCCGCUUUCCUGUGGCUGGAGGAGCAGGUCAGGAAGCUCGGCAACAUUUCUCUCUCGGCCGAGGAGCACCAGUACCUCACAGAACACUGCCCCUACCUGACGCCCGCCUACCUCGACUAUCUCCAAGAGUUCCGCCUCAGGCCGCGAGACCAGGUCGCGCUCAAGUUCCUUCCCAUCGGCCAGGACACGGGCGCCGAGACCGAUGUCGGCGACGUCGACAUCAAGGUCAGCGGGACCUGGGCCGAGACCAUCCUGUACGAGAUCCCGCUGCUCGCCCUGACGUCCGAGGCCUACUUCAAGUUCAUGGACCUGGACUGGACCUACGACGGGCAGGAGGACCAGGCCUUUGAGAAGGGCAUGCGGCUGCUCGAGGCCGGCUGCGUCUUCUCCGAGUUCGGCACCCGCCGCCGCCGCGACUACCACACGCAGGCGCUGGUGUUUAGGGGGCUCACCAAGGCCAGCAAGGAGGCCGAGAAGCGCGGCCUCGCGGGGAAGCUGUCCGGGACCAGCAACGUGCACCUGGCCAUGCGCUUCGGCAUCCCGCCCGUCGGCACGGUCGCGCACGAGUGGUUCAUGGGCAACGCCGCCAUCGUCGGCGACUACAAGGCCGCGACCGAGGACGCCCUGGCCCGCUGGGUGGGGUGCUUUGGGGAGGGCGUUCUCGGCAUCGCCCUGACGGACACGUUUGGCACGCCCGACUUCCUCAAGUCAUUCAGCAAGCCCGUCAGCAGCGUGGCCGUGACAGCCGACGACGGAGGCGCGAGCCCGAAGAGCGCGCGCAAGCACAGCGCCGCCGACUUCUUCAUCCAGGCUGCGACGCACCUGCAGUCGGGCACCAAGGUCAAGAAGACGUACGCCGAGAUCUUCACAGGCGUGCGGCAAGACUCGGGAGACCCCAAGACGUUCGUCAAGACGAUGCGCAAGUUCUACGACGAGCAGGGCAUCACCGACAAGAAGGUCAUUGUCUUCUCCGACUCGCUCAACAUUGAGCGCUGCCUCGAGUACAAGGAGGCGGCCGAGGCGGCCGGCUUCCAGCCGACGUUUGGCGUCGGCACCUUCUUCACCAACGAUUUUGUCCACACGGCCACGGGCACCAAGUCGACGCCGCUGAACAUUGUCAUCAAGCUGAGCUCGGCCGGGGGGAAGCCGGCGGUCAAGAUCAGCGACAACAUUGGCAAGAACACGGGCGACAAGGCCACGGUGGAAAAGGUCAAGCGCGAGCUGGGGUACGUUGAGAAGGAGUGGGAAGACGGCGACGAGACGGCGCGAUGGGGCCGCGAGGAGGCAGCCAAGGCGUGA